AGUUACCAACAUUUUAGACUAACAUGCGGCUUCAAAUUGAGAUCGAUCAUUUCAGUGCGGUGUUGUGUCGAGUGAUGACUGUUUCUCUUGUUCAAUGUUAACUUACAAAUAAACACAAUGUCUUUGUUACGAUCGUUGCCUUCGGGACUUAAUAGAACCACGAAAUUAAUAUCUCGGAGUGUUCCAUCUGUAUCUUAUCAUCCAAAUGUUAUAGAUCACUAUGAAAAUCCAAGAAAUGUAGGUUCCUUGGAUAAAAAUGACCCUAAAGUUGGUACAGGUAUUGUAGGAGCUCCAGCCUGUGGAGAUGUAAUGAAACUUCAAGUUAAGGUUGACGAACAAGGAAGGAUUAUUGAUGCCAAGUUUAAAACUUUUGGUUGUGGUUCUGCUAUUGCUUCAAGUUCCUUAGCUACAGAAUGGGUUAAAGGAAAAACUGUUGAUGAAGCAUUGGCUCUCAAAAAUACUGACAUUGCUAAAGAAUUAUGUUUACCACCUGUCAAGCUCCACUGUUCAAUGCUCGCAGAAGAUGCAAUUAAGGCUGCUUUGUCAGAUUACAGUAUAAAACAAAAGCAGAAAACCAAUGAAAAUAGUAACACAAAUGAAACAUAAUUUUGAAAAUGAUUUCAAAUAUAGUUGAAAAUAGUAUGACGCAAUAUGUUAUUUCUCAUUCACUGUUUUUUAAUAUUAGUAGCCACUAAAUUCUUCAUAUAUAAGAAUACUUGUAAAGUAUGAGUUGUGAUUAGAAUAAAGAAAAAUGUAUACAAAAUACACAUAAAAUUGUAUGUAGAAACAUUUAUAGAUGUAUGCUAUCUUUUUUCUUUUAAAGAAGAAAAUAAAUAUAUUUAGCUAAAAAAUUUGAUUAAAGCGUUUAUUUAUACAUCAA